AAAAAAAUACGAAUGACCAAAUAUCCGAAAUAUCUUCUCUCCCCUCUGCAGUCUCUCUCCAUCUUCGGUGUCUCUCCUCCGCCCGGCGGCUUCUGCUCGACUCCACCGAGCCGGAGGCGUUUCCUGGCACGCGCCGCCGGCGACAAGCCCGGCAACCUCCUCCUCCUCCUCCGCUGCGGCUGUGCUUCCUUUCCUGCUCGCGCGCACGGGCCGGCGGCGGCGAGACGGUUCGGAGGCCGACGCGGCCGACGCCGAUCCCCUUUCAGCGUCCUCAUUGCGGUUCGAAUCGAAGGUUUACAAUGAUGAGUGCGAAAUUGCUCCGGAGCAUGAGCGUGAGGAGGCUCCUAGGACAGCAAAGAAACUCAGUUGAGUUUUACAGAAAAUCGCAAGCAUGGAACUCGACUGCGUCUUUUUCUGAUGUCGAUGAGAAGAAUCGCAAGGGUGGUGAUGCCGAAGAUGAUUUCACACAUUCCAGGCCAGAUCACGUUUUCCGUGGUGUGCACAGGGCAAUUAUUUGUGGAAAAGUUGGACAAGUGCCAGUACAGAAAAUACUAAGAAACGGGCAUACAGUAACUGUCUUUACUGUUGGAACAGGUGGCAUGUUUGACCAGAGGACAGUAGGUGCUGAAAACUUGCCAAUGCCAGCUCAGUGGCAUCGAAUAUCUGUUCACAAUGAGCAGCUUGGUGCAUUUGCCGUUCAGAAGUUAGUCAAGAAUUCUGCAGUCUACGUUGAGGGUGAUAUUGAGACCAGAGUCUACAAUGACAGAAUUAAUGAUCAAGUGAAAAAUAUACCAGAGAUCUGUGUGCGGCGUGAUGGGAAGAUUCAGUUGAUGCAAUCUGGUGAUAGCAAUGUUGGCAAAUCAUUGGAGGAGUUAAGGGAAGGAUUAUUCUAGUUGUGAAGCAAAGGGUGAUCAGCAAAAGUAGGCAGAGCCGGGGAAAUGGAAUGUUUUGUUCGCUCCUCUUGCGCAAAGAUCUGGGAGUAAUUUUUGUUAGUUUGAGCAGUAGUAAGAUUACAUGAAGGUCCACAUGCACUUCUGUAUCCAAAUAAUGUGCUUCAUGUUCUUUUAUGUCAUUUUAGCAGAUGACGAUACCGUUCUAAUUUAGAUUAUGUAGUAAAUCAUUCUGUAUCCUUUUUUUUUCCUUUACCUUGUCUCUUGGAAGAGGACAGAACUGGAGGUAUCACCAUGGUCCAACUUUCAUGCGUUUGUGCUUGUGCGUGAAAGUCACAUGAAAGAGCAGUUAUGUUUGCUGUUAAUAUGGUUACUGUAUCAUCUCUAAGAUUGGUUA